GUCACCCCUGGCUCUACUUGUGUUGUCUUUGGUCUGGGAGGUGUUGGCUUGUCAGUAAUCAUAGGCUGCAAGACAGCUGGAGCCUCCCGGAUCAUUGCGAUAGACACCAACAAGGACAAAUUUGCAAGGGCCAAAGAGGUAGGAGCUACUGAGUUUAUUAACCCUCUGGACUACAAGAAACCCAUCCAAGAUGUUCUGAUUGAAAAGACCAACAAUACCAUUGAUUUUUCAUUCGAAGUUGUUGGACGCCUGGACACAAUAACGGCUGCCCUAUCAUGCUGCAAUUUCGCUUAUGGCGUUUCUGUCAUUGUGGGCGUUCCUCCUGGUUCCCAAAAUGUUUCUGUCGACCCUCUGCUACUUUUGACUGGACGCACCUGGAAAGGAGCUAUUUUUGGAGGUUUUAAAAGCAAAGAUGAUGUCCCCAAGAUAGUCACUGAUGUUAUAGCCAAGAAAUUUACCUUGGAUCCAUUAAUAACACAUGUUUAUAAUUUUGAUAAGAUCAAUGAAGGAUUUGAUCUGCUACGCUCAGGAAAGAGGUAAGAUUUUAAUUUGUUAUGCCCCUUCCCCCAUUUUUCCACUGAGAAAUUUGGCUUUUGUUUUCAGAGGGAGCCCAUCAGAAAAGAAGUAGCUAAGUUCGAGUGAAUGGUUCAAAGCCAGUGACACUCUACUGCUUCACCAAACUAACUUUUGGGACAUGAUAAUUUAGACAGAAGGAAAGGAAAUGAUGACAAAACUUCCUUAGCCUCUUUUUUUUAUGUUAGAGUCCAGCCAGAGCUAUCUUGAGUAGCUGGAGAUUUUAGUGUUCUUUGAAGAGAAAGUACCCUAAAUCAAGAAUUGUUUAGAAAUUACUAAUAAAAUGAAGCAGUAUGGUAAGGAGAAGGAAACUUGGGAACCUCCAUUGGCUUUGAAGUAAGAAUCACUUUGGAUGAUGGAGUCAAAUUCCAUCCCUAUUACUCCUUGAAUGACUUUGAGCAACCCUCUUAACUCCCUGGGCCUCAGUUUCCACAUGUAUAAAAUGAAGGGGAUGGAAUAGAUGUCAUCUAAGGUCCCUUCCAAUUCCAGAGCUAUCAUCCUAUGAAUUCAGAUAAAUUAAUCAUUGAGUAUUCAUUAAACAUAUACUACACGACACAUACUGUAAUAAAUGUUAGAGAUU